AUGGAGACCAGUCGAUUCAAAUUGCCUCUGAUGCGGAUGAUGUUCACUCCAACAGCCAACAGGACAUGCUCACUGGGGAUGUGUCGACUUGGGAUGUGCUACAUGGAGAUUGAAGACUACCAGAGAUGUUUGAAUAUGUUCAAUCUUGCUCUCAAUGACCUUGGAGAGACAAAGUUCAUGCCGCAACUCAUCAUAAAGUACAACAAUGCGUUGAGCCACGGUAACUACAAUGAAUUUGAAACCGCCAAGGAGGAGUACAAUGUAUUUUUGAAAGAUAUUGAGAACGAUCAAACAAAUCAUGAAAACAAUUUCGAGGCAGCUAUCUCGGAUCUUAUGCUCAAACUGACGACAGCUUGUCAUCGUCAACAUGGAUGGAUCUCGUUUUGCCAAACUCAUGAAGAUGAGGAGAACCGAGAUGAGUAUCUGAAAAAGUGCAGGAUUAAUUGA